AUGGCGGUACCGGAGAGGUUGAAGGGUAUUGCGCCCUUGCAGGGCGAAUUGGUGACGCUGCCAUCCGUCCAGGAGCUGCGACCAGUUAAUUCCUUUGAAGAAGCAUAUGUCGCAGAGAUAGACAUAAAGUUAUCCAAUGUAGUUGUGAAGCUACUGGAGACCAACUACCCUCGAAACCCUGAGCUCAGUCUAUCUCACUUGCGUCGACUACUACGGCCAGAACACCUACCAGAGCCGUUAAAAAGGGAGCUAGAGGAGAGCCAGCAGAGGCAAGGUUCACCGAGUAAACCAGCUGCAUCAAUUCAUGUUCUCAUUCCUCCGCCUCUCCCUGAAAUCUCAGAAAUACAGACAUUACUCGCACCGUAUGCACCUAAAACACCCAUCGAGGCAGACACCACCAACCCGCCACCAGAACCCCUGCAGCCUAUCAUUCGGAUUCAAAAAACAGUAAUCUCCACAAAACCGCCUACAACUAUAGCUGAAGCUCAAGAGUGGUCUCGUACAAAGUGGUCAACAGUCUAUAACCCUGCUGCACGAUCUGCAAUCCAUGCGCCGCCACAAGUCCAACUCAUCCGAGCAAAGGCAUCUAUUUCUCCGCGGGCAGGCUAUUUCCUCGCUUUAGCCAGGGAGGUGGCAGGUGAAACAUUACGAUCCGGCCGGGGCCGGGGUGUGGGAGCUGUUAUCGUUGACCCUGAGCUGUUGACGGGAAAAUCAGAUGACACUGAUGAGCUUUUGAAUUCUGUGGUUGCAGUGGCAGGCGAUACGAGGUGGUGGAAAGCUUCGUUGGAGAAACAUGCAGAGGGGGCUACACAAGAAAAAAAGGAACCUGAUGCAGACGAUGAAGGCGGGCCGGAAAGCCAUGCAGUUAUGCGGGGGAUAUCGAUGGUAUCACGAAAAAGAAUAGCACUAAACAAUCCGGUGACCUCCGAACCUGAAUCAUCUACACCUUCGGAAGUAGAGUCGGCGCCUCUAUCACCAACGUCCCUGGAAUCGCACUUCUUUCAGCUCCCUAACCUCCUAAAGUCUUCUAAAGGCGGCUAUCUAUGCACCGCACUGGAUCUAUACGUUACGCAUGAACCGUGUAUAUGCUGCUCUAUGGGUAUGCUCCUUUCCCGCUUUCGAAGCGUGACGGUUCUUCAAUCUGGGAUGCGCAGGUCAGGAGAGGGCAAUUCACUGGACGCUGUGCAUGGAUAUGGGCUUCAUUGGAGAGAAGAGCUGAACUGGCGAGCGAUCGGAUUUGAGUUUACCGAAUCUGAAGUGGGGGGAGACAAGGCUGGGGAGGAGUUCAAUGCCUGA